AUGAUUUCGGUAUGGAAGUUUGCCCUUUCCAAGGCUGCCUGUAAGCCUUCAACAUUUUCUCAAACAAUUCCAGCAGUCUCCAAUUCUCUUCUGAACAACAAGAACACACCAAAUCAUCUUCUUUUCAAUAGUGCAGGAAUUGUUUCAUCCAAUACAAUCAUCAGAACAAAAAAAGACAGCAAGGCUGACAAAAAGAAGGCCGACGCACUCAAACGAACCCAACAAAAAGAACAUCAAAAGAAAAUGGAGCAAAAGAAGUUGGAAUUGGAACAAAGAAAUAAGGAAAAGUUAGCUGCUAAACGAGCAUCAAAGGAUGUCUCCGAACUCACCAAACAAAAACCACCAUCACUUGCAAAGCUCUACCCAAAGAAGAAAAUUUCUGCAAAAUAUAUUGCAGAAACAGCAAAAUCACCAUCAUUUUUGAAUGAAUUUGUGAACACCAAGAAGAAUGUUGAUGUUUCUAAAACUGGAGAAGAUACAGGCUACUUUGGACUCAAAAUUUUCAAAGAUGGUACAUCAAUGAGAGACUCUUUGGUGAUUGCCAAGACCAAGGUUGAUGAUUUGGUGAAAAGCAUUGAAAAUGGAGAGAAUGUUUCAGCCAGUGUAUCCGAGUUGAACAAAUUGAGACUUGAAUAUUCAACAACUCUAGAAACAUUUGCCAAAUUGCAUCCAUUUGAAGAUUUGGCUGCUCUUGCUCUCGAAAUUUCCGAUAACUUUUCUCAAUUUGUCGUUCAACGUGCUCUUUCGAAUGAAAAAUUUUAUAGAGCAAUCAAACAAAUUGAAACAUCUUUGACUGUUCCUGUUGUGAGCGAAUCUAGAAAUCUAUAUGCCUCUGCUGAUAUUAAUCGUGAUAAAUUUACUGAAGCAAAGGACGCCUUUGAAAAGCCGUCAAGGAUUUGA